AGACCAAUAUCUCACUUUCCAGCCUAGCCUGCUUCAUGAUGUAUGCAGGACAACUUGGCUCAUCUGCCAUCCACAUCUAUACAGUAUUUCUCUGCUUUGCUCUAGGCUUUUUUGAUUUCAUACUUUCAGCUCUGUCGACGAUAAUCUAGGCCUCCUACCAGUGGGUUUCUCGGUGGCGAGAUUGUGAAGAUGACUGCUGGUCCAAGACAUAGUCUGAAUGUCGAUAUGUCGAUAUGAUGGCUAUGAUUUGGAUCUCUCUGCUCUCCUUACCGACCAAAUUCUACCACUUUCAAGCUUACGCUACUCUCGGUACUACUUGCGCUUCAAUCGCGACUCAACCGCGAUCAAUAUCUCAAGUUCAACAUGUCGCUCUUCGCAUCUAUCAAGCAUGCUUUCACGUCGGCGUUGACCACGCUCGUAUCCUCAACCAACUGGACAGACUCAGCGACGCACGUCGAGCCUGAAGACUUCCGCCUCCCAGGGUCGUAUCCCUUCGCUGCCCGUCAAGAAGUCGCCACCAAAGUCCCAGCCGAUGUCAAAUCCUUCGACUCUGAGCAGCUCACGCUGGAAAGCCCAUCAUCCAUGAUCAAGGCCGUGUCGAUCAAACUUCCCGCCGCCGCCAGUUCCACAACUGUCACCGCUCUCGCUGCCAGCAAGGUCACCUCUCACAUCUUGUCAGCUCCAUCCUUUGACUGGUGCGCCUUUCUCGGGAAAGGUGCAUCCGGGACCGUAUACGCUGCUGUGCUCCACGAUACCCAAGAGAUGUACGCUACCAAGGUUAUACCUCAUCGUGGCCCAGGAUCAGACGGCUUCCAGGACGCGAUACUGGAGCAGCGAACAUCUAAGGUUGUCUCCGGACACCCCGGCCUGCUUCCCAUUGUGGCCAGCUUCAUCGACAGGAAGAACUCCUACAUCGUCACACCAUUUUACGCCGGCGGUGACCUCGCCUCAUAUCUCGCGCGCAACUACACAAAAAUAGAUCAAGCGGGAUUCUUCAGCAUCAUCGUACCGAUGGUUCUCUCCGUCUAUACCCUCCAGAGCCUCGGCAUUGGUCACUACGAUAUCAAGCUGGAGAAUUUCUUCAUCGAUGCGAGUGGAUGGAUCGUCCUCGGCGACUUUGGCCUCGCUCAGUCGGUGAGCGAGUGGCACUUUGGGAAGAAUGGCACUCCUGGCCAUAUGGCUCCGGAGAUCUUCUCGGACGGAUACAACGGCGCAGCGGACGUGUUCGCGUUGGGCGUCACGAUUUUCUUCAUGCUCUGUGGAAGGCUGCCGUUCGGACAGGGCGCGAGGACCAUGGAGGAGUAUCGGGUGGCUCUGUUCGAGCAGGUAUUCGCAGGACCCGUCUUCCGGCCUGAAGACAAUGUCCAUCCGAUGCUGCAAACUCUACUCCGAAUGAUGUUGAUUCCCAACCAAUUUGCACGGCCCACAAUGGCCAUGGUUUUAUGCUUUCCUUACUUUCAAUACGUAGACUGGGAUGCUUUCCGACGACGUGAAAUCGCUCUCCCCCUCCCACAGGUCCUCCCUCCGACAUUCUCGUACGCUCCCCUCCCCAUCGAGGGCAUUACGGGCGCAACUCAAGACUCAGGCGAGAUCUCUUCUAACAGCGAAAUGAACUACGUCUCCCCCGACCUCACCGCCAAACUCGAAGAGGCUGAGCUCACCAGAAAACACGAACGAUUGCUCGCCGUGAUGUAUUCCAAUACCGACUCCGACUCCGACUCCGAAUCCUCCUCGAUAGCAGCACACACCUCCGAUACGGAUACAUCGGACUCCACAUUCGAGACACUCUCGCUCUCUGGCACCUCUUCGAACUCCAGCAAGAGCUCGACUUCAGCAUCUUCUUCCUCCCCCAUCGUCAUCAUUGAGACGAACGAAAUCACCAAGAGGAACGCCACCCGUGUGUGGUUCGCGCGCAAGCUUGCCGCCAAGUGCGUUAGUGACAAUGAAGGAAGGAAGGGAAGGCACGUUGGGAACGAUGGCGGCCGUCCUGUGCGCGCAAUGGAGAAAGUGAAGGGAUGGUUUGCGAAGCGGAAGUGAUUGACGUAUACCGGAUAUUUCCAGUUUUUAUAUUAGGGUUUAUGGUCGUGUCCGUAUUUGUGUUGUUUUGGAUCGUGUUUCGUAUGAUGCUUUGUUACAUGUUUUUCCUGGUUUUUAUGGGUCUACGGUCUUCCCGUGUCUUUCCUUAGCAAUUUUUACAGCACAUUUGUCUUUUCUUGCGUCCGCGUAUUCUCCAUUUUCAUUUUACCUACUCUUCUUAGUGGACCGAGUUCUACGUGUUCACUCCG